UUUUCACUUUUUCUUUCUUUCUUUCUUCCUAACUGAAUCCUGGUUAUUAGUUCGGGUUUAAUUCUGAAGCUCGCAAUCAGCUACGAACGACAGUUAAUUUGCAUAGGGUGCUUCCCAUUUGGAUCUCUGUUCUGUUUCAAUCCAACAUCAUGCCCAUUCGCCGUGCUUCUGCCAAUUCGAUUCGGGUGAAAUUAUCUACCAGAUGAGCCGGUUUGCACCAGGUUUGGAAGGUACGCAGUGAUGGCUCUUUAUAGGCACAACAAUGAACUGUUACCAGAGAAGAGAGGCAUCAUUGGGGCAGUUUUUAAGUCCCUCACUCAAAGAAAGCAUGGCUUGCGGGUUUUUCGUCGGGGGAUGAGAGUUUCUAUAAGAAGAUUCUUGUUAUGGAUGUUUACAAUAGCAGUGCUAUUUUCUAUCUAUUUGGCAGUUUUUGGCUUGAAGGUGCCGUUUCAUGGAAAAAUGGAAGAUGGAAUUUCAUCACUUCGGGAAGCACAAGAAGAAUUUUUGGGAGUAGAUGCGUCAGAGCGACCAAAAAUAAAGCCUCAUAGACAACGUUUUUAUCCUUGUGAGGUACGGUUUUUGGACUCAGUCAAUAAUCUUGUUGAGCCAAAGGAUUAUGCAAAUUCCACACAAUUUUACUCCCGGUAUCAUGAUAGAGAAGACAAACCUUAUGGGCAAGAUCAAUUUGAACCCCGAUUCGGAGGGCAUCAGACCCUUGAAGAAAGAGAAAAAUCGUUCUAUGCGAGGAAUCAGACUAUUCAUUGUGGUUUUGUGGAAGGACCAGAAGGAUAUCCAAGCACUGGAUUUGGUUUGGAUGAGAAGGACAAGUUGUACAUGAGUACCUGUAAAGUUGUGGUCUCAUCAUGCAUUUUUGGUAGCUCUGACUUUUUGAGGAGGCCAACCAGCAAACUGAUCAGUGAAUACUCCAAAAAGAACGUUUGCUUCGUUAUGUUUGUAGAUGAGCAAACUCUGUUGAAACUGUCAGCGGAUGGAACUGUUCCUAAUGAUGGAGGAUAUAUUGGGCUGUGGAGAAUAGUAAUUGUAAGGAACUUACCCUACAAGGACAUGCGCAAAACUGGGAAGGUGCCAAAAUUUCUCUCACAUCGUCUCUUCCCUUCCUCUAGGUAUUCUAUUUGGCUUGAUAGCAAGAUGCGACUUCAGACUGACCCAAUGCUCAUUAUUGAAUACUAUUUGUGGCGAAAGGGCUCAGAGUACGCUAUUUCAAAUCAUUAUACCCGCCACUGUGUUUGGGAGGAGGUACUCCAGAAUAAGCGUCUAAAUAAAUACAACCACACAGCUAUCGAUGAACAGUUUAACUUUUACCAGUCUGAUGGCCUCACCAAGUUUGACCCGUCAGAUCGAAAUACCCCUCUUCCAAGUUAUGUACCUGAAGGUUCAUUCAUUGUCAGGGCCCACACACCGAUGUCAAAUUUAUUUUCUUGCCUUUGGUUUAAUGAAGUUGACCGUUUUACUUCACGCGACCAACUGAGCUUUGCAUAUACUUUCUUGAAGCUCAAGAGAAUGAAUCCAGAUAGGCCAUUCUUUCUAAAUAUGUUUAAGGACUGUGAGCGCAGAGCACUAGCCAAGUUAUUUAGUCAUAGGGUAGUGCCGCCUCCACCGGCUUCUUGAAAUUCUGUAGGUGUUAAUUCCAGUGAAGAUCAUAUGUGAAGUUCCAAGCGUCCUUAUGACUGCAGUUGGCAGCUGACAUGAUCUUGGAUGAGUAUGUGAACAAUUCACCAUUGGCAUAUGAAAUAAAGGCAAUGUUAGUUCUGAUUUUCUCCUAGUUUUGUCGAUCGUGUAAAGGUUCUUUUGUGGUUGUGGCUGAUUGAACCCUAAUGGUAACAGUUGGGUUCUACAUAAUCAACUGUAGGCUUUAACUAUGUUCAGGCUGCCACACAUUACACUGAAAAUGCAGCAAUCAAGGGAUUCAUAAUACGGAGCAUCUCCUCUGAUACUUGUACAUCUUCUCACUCAGGUUUUGGUCUAUGAAUUAGUAGAUACUUCUGGUUUUUCAAGCAAAUGUAAUGGCUUCUUUAUUGGUUGCUGAUGUGAAGAGGCUUUCUUAACUACUUUCCAAACAGUUUAUGCAUGGAAAGUGCCUACUGUUUUUAUGGCAGUGCAUAAUGCAGCAAAAGUGCAUAGUAUUCGUGAAACAUGUAUUAUAAAUUUGUAUUGGGAUCUGUGCAAACUAUGUUAAGAUUCGCGAUUUUUUUGGCAUUA